UGUUAUAUUACUUUAAUUUUUAUUUAAUAUUUUUGUUUUGUUAAUAUUGCUGUUGUUGUGCACAGUUAAUCUGAACUUUAAUUCUUGAAACAGAGUGUGGUCAAAUCCUCAGCCAUGCUGAGCUAGUGUGAGUGUUUCUGGCUUCAGCUCACUGUGUGGGGCUAAUCCUCCUAAAACACUCCUGCACACUCAGGCUGGGCUUUUGGAGCAUGCAGAACAUGCUGACAGUGAUUGCAAACGCACUUAAGGGCGGUGCCAAAAUAAAUGGUGCCCAAACAGUGUCAGAGGGCUCCAGAGUGGUGAUAUCAGCACGUUCGUUUGCUGACUUGACACCUCAAGCCAGCUUUGACAUCAAGAGAUGUGACCUUCAUCGUUUGGAUGAAGGCCCUUCGGUGCAGACGGUGCUCACCAGAGAGGAUGGACUCAGGUACUACCGCACUAUGCAGACCAUGAGACGCAUGGAGCUGAAGGCAGAUCAGCUUUACAAGCAGAAAAUCAUACGAGGAUUCUGUCAUCUUUAUGAUGGCCAGGAGGCCUGUGCUGUAGGCAUUGAGGCUGGUAUCACUCCUACGGAUCACCUGAUCACAGCAUAUAGGUCUCAUGGUUAUACCUACACCAGAGGUGUGUCUGUGAAAGAAAUCAUGGCAGAGCUCACAGGUCGAAGAGGUGGUGUUGCCAAAGGCAAGGGCGGCUCAAUGCACAUGUAUGCCAAGAAUUUCUAUGGUGGGAAUGGAAUUGUUGGUGCCCAGGUUCCUCUCGGGGCAGGUGUGGCCCUGGCGUGCCAGUAUCAGGGUAAGAAAGAGGUUUGCGUCACUCUGUACGGGGAUGGAGCUGCUAAUCAGGGCCAGAUCUUUGAGUCCUUUAACAUGGCAGCUUUGUGGAAACUCCCCUGUAUUUUCAUCUGUGAGAAUAAUAAAUAUGGCAUGGGGACAUCAGUGGAACGGGCCUCAGCCAGCACAGAUUAUUACAAGAGAGGAGACUACAUUCCUGGUCUGAGGGUGGAUGGUAUGGAUGUUCUCGGUGUGAGAGAGGCAACCAAAUUUGCAGCAGAUUAUUGCAGAUCCGGAAAGGGUCCCAUAAUAAUGGAGCUCCAGACAUACCGUUACCACGGCCACAGCAUGAGCGAUCCUGGGGUCAGUUAUCGCACACGUGAGGAAAUUCAAGAAGUUCGUAGUAAGAGUGACCCCAUAACUAUGCUGAAGGACCGUAUGAUUAGUAACAACAUGGCUAGCCUGGAAGAAAUCAAGGACAUUGAUGCUGAGAUUCGUAAGGAGAUAGAAGAAGCAACACAGUUUGCUACCUCUGAUCCAGAACCCCCGUUGGAGGAUUUGUGCAACCACAUCUUUUACAAUAAUGCACCUUUAGAGGUCAGAGGCACCAACCCCUGGAUAAGGCUGAAAUCCAUCAGCUGAUGAUUUAGCACUUUAUUUAUCAUAGUACAGGAGCUCUGCUCCUAAACCUAUACGCACAAAAAGAUGGAUGAAAUUGUUUAGUCAUAAGUCAUAGUUACAUUCCGUAACCACUGUUAUUGCCUCUUUAUUUAGCAAUCAGUUUUGCAGACUAUUAAUAUAUUAGGAAACACAAAGCACAACAUACAGCAAUAAAUAUUUAGAACAUUACGGGAAAAAUAGAUGAUGAAUAAAUGAAAGUGCAUCAUCUUUACUUGUAAAUGAGUAGAAAUCAAAGUACACCCUGGACCACAAAAAUAGUCAUAAGUAGCAUGGAAAUAUUUGUAGCAAUAGCCAGCAAUACACUGCAUAAUUCAGAAUGAUCGCUUUUUCUUUUAUGCCAAAAAUCAUUAACAUAUUAAGUAAAAAUCAUGUUCCAUGAAGAUAUUUUGUAAAUUUCCUACCGUAAAUACAUCAAAAUGUAAUUUGUGAUUAGUAAUAUGCAUUGCUAAGAACUUCAUUUGGACAAUUUUAAAGGUGAUUUUCUCAGUAUUUUGAAUUUUUUUUUGCACCCUCAGAUUCCAUAUUUUCAAAUAGUUCUCGGCCACAUAUUGUCCUUAACAAACUAUACAUCAAUGGAAAGCUUAUUUAUUUAGGUCUCAGAAUGAAAUGUAGACCAAUUAAAAAAUAUUUGUAAUGCUAAUUAUGUCUUAUCUAGCUUAUUUUAACUGUAAGAGUGGGCCAUGUAAAUAUUAUGGGUCUGGCUUCUGGUAUCAUCUGCAUCCAGCAAUUUUUAGCUGUAGAAAACUGUUGAUUUUGCUGCUUGAUAUUGCAAAUUGGUGUGUUUUAUAAAUUAUUUUAAUGUAUUGUUUUAAUUAUGAACACACAGGUUUGUAGUGCAAACAGUUUUACAGUUUACAGCACUUUGUUAUUCUUCUCGUUCAUUCCCUAUAGCGGCUAAUGAACCGGAAGUCUCGCCCAUAAGCUUACUUUGCGUUAAAGAAUAACAUGGAAAGUAGUGUAAUACUGUAAUUUCUUCAGUUAAUUAUAUCCCAAAGGCUUAACUGGUGUUAGUUCCAAAACUUUAAAUCUCUACUUUUAUGCAAAUGUUAGUUAGCGCAUUUGCCUAUAGAAAAUCUGAAUUCUGAAUUUCAAAUAGUAUUAAAAUGUGUAAUAAGUAAGGGUGGAAUUAAUAAAUAUUAAUAUUUUGGCCUACUUUGUGUCAGUUCUGUU